UACGAGAUAUACAAGAAUGGAGUGGAAGAUGUGAUUGAUAGUUGAAACAGGCACAAGUAUACAAGUGUUUAGGAAUGUGGGUGAGUCCGAACGGGUGUGAAAAGGCAAAGAAUGGAAAGAGGAGGUCGACUGGUAAGCGCAGGAAGGAUGAGCGAGUAAGUGUAACAUGGUGAGGGAAGUGUGGAAGAGUGUGGCUGUGCCGAGUAUAAUGUAUGGUAUGAGUGUGAUUGCUUGGAACAAAAGUGAAAUUGAUAAGUUAGAAGUGGGGCAGAAUAGAGUAGCAAGGAUGGCACUGAGUGCACCGAGGUACUGUAGACAGAAGUGAAAUGUGUGGGACUGAAUUAAUGGAAGAACAAGAUGGAAGGAAAGAGCUCCGUGGAAUGGUACAAGGAGAAAGAGGCCCCGAUGUAUGAAAGGUGGUAUGAGGGAAGCCUGGAUGGUGAUCUCUUCCCAGCGAGGCCACAGUGUAUGGAUGUGAAUGCAAGGAAUUACAGAUGGUCUGAGUCCCGCAGCAAAGUGUGCCAGAUGUGUGACACGGGAGAGGAUGGGACGGUGUUUGUGGUGCUGGAUGAUGCAAGUGAUUCUGACUGAGUUAGGGCGUAAUAUGAAUGAAAGAGUGGAGAAGACAGAAAGGGAGUGAAUGGUGGUGCUGCUGAGACUGUCUGGAGAAACCAAUGAAAGGAUGAUUGAGGCUGUGGAGGAGUUUCUAGAGAGAAUGUGGCGUGUCAGAUGCAGGGACAAUUAAUUUCUGUUUGUUUUUUAUGUUUUUUUUUUUCUACGAGUUGCCGAUCCAAAGGCAUGGCUGAGGAGCAUGGAGCUAUAAUAUACAUCAAUGCCCGGGAGUGAUCCCGAGCCCGGUCCUGUAGUGACAUUAUCAAGAUCAAGAUCACUGGCGCCAAAAGUCCCUGUUUAUGGUCACUGGUGGAGGGAUCAGAGGCGGCGUCCGCGUGGUGCUGUGGUCAGUGGUCACGGCCCGCCGAGUGUGCGGCAGAUUGCGCCUAUGUUUGAGCUGGCCUGGGUCACCUGUGGCCACCUGGUCACCUGUCUACUCUGUGUCUGGUGGAGGGAACAGAGGCGGCGUCCCCGUGGUGCUGUGGUCAGUGGUCAGGGCCCGCCGAGUUUGCGGCAGAUUGCGCCUGUGUUUGAGCUGGCCUGGGUCACCUGUAGCCACCUGGCGGAGUGGCGGUGCCUCCCUGGCCUCACCUGAGGGCGUGCAGCAGGACAGCAGUGGUGAGAGAGCAAGACCCAACCAGCAAAUUCCCCAUCCAUUCUGCCCCAGAGACCCUCAGGUCAGUGGCCAGCAAGUCCUCCCGCCCAUUCUGCUCCAGAGCCCCUCAGCAGGACAUCAGUGGUGAGAGACAAAAAGACCCGACCAGCAAGCCCUCCCAUCCAUUCUGCCCCAGAGUCCAUCAGGUUAUUGGCCGGCAUGUCCUCCUGUCCAUUCUACCCCAGAGCCCCUCAGGUGCCAGAUUGGCAUCCAGUGGCGGGACUCCCUCUGUGCAUCCUCGGUGCAGCCCCAGUGUUCCUGCAGAACUGACCACUACCAAGAACAGUGUUGCAAUGGAGGAUGUGAUGCCAGGCAGCAGCAGUAGCAGCAGUAUGAACAGAUGGGAGCAGUUGCUCUUCUAGACAGGGUGGAAUCAAAAGCUUUUCGUCUCAUCAACUCCUCUCCUCUCAGUGACUUUCUUCAGCCUCUCUCUCACUGCCGCAGUGUUGCAUAUCUAGCUGUCUUCUACCGCUAUUUUCAUGCUAACUGCUCUUCUGAUCUUGCUAACUGCAUGCCUCCUCUCCUCCUGCUAACUCUGUACAGGGGCCUUUUCCGUCCAUGUAUGGAGUAUGCUUCACAUGUCUGGGGGGGUUCCACUCAUACUGCUCUUCUAGACAGGGUGGAAUCAAAAGCUUUUCGUCUAAUCAACUCCUCUCCUCUAACUGACGGUCUUCAGCCUCUCUCUCACCGCCACAAUGUUGCAUAUCUAGCUGUCUUCUACUGCUAUUUUCAUGUUAACUGCUCUUCUGAUCUUGCUAACUGCAUGCCUCCCCUCCUCCCGCGGCCUUGCUGCACAAGACUUUCUUCUUUCUCUCACCCCUAUUCUGUCCACCUCUCUAACACAAGAGUUAACCAGUAUUCUCAAUCAUUCAUCCCUUUCUCUGGUAAACUCUGGAACUCCCUGCCUGCUUCUGUAUUUCCACCUUCCUAUGACUUGAAUUCCUUCAAGAGGGAGGUUUCAAGACACUUAUUCAUCAAUUUUUGACCACUGCUUUGACCCUUUUAUGGGACUGGCAUUUCAGUGGGCAUAUUUUUUAUUGGAUUUUUGUUGCCCUUGGCCAGUGUCCUUCCUACAUAAAAAAAUAAAAAUAAAAAACCACAAGUGUGACCACUGCAGGAAGACAUUUGCCCAGAAGAGUCAUCUUGCCUCACACAUCCUCACCCACACUGGGGAGAGAAUCUUCCAGUCCCUGGAGUGUGGGAAAAGAUUUACCAGGAAGGGUUCCCUUGACAGACACAUUCUCACCCACACUGGGGAGAGAAAGUUCCAGUGCCUGGAGUGUGGGAAAAGAUUUACCAUGAAGGAUUCCCUUGACAGACACAUUCUCACCCACACUGGGGAGAGAAAGUUCCAGUGCCUGGAGUGUGGGAAAAGAUUUACCAGGAAGGGUUCCCUUGACAGACACAUUCUCACCCACACUGGGGAGAGAAAGUUCCAGUGCCUGGAGUGUGGGAAAAGAUUUACUCGGAAAGGUCAUCUUGACACACACAUCCUCACCCACACUGGGGAGAGAAAGUUCCAGUGCCUGGAGUGUGGGAAAAGAUUUAUCCAUAAAGGUGAUCUUAACAAACACACCCUCACCCACACUGGGGAGAGAAAGUUCCAGUGCCUGGAGUGUGGGAAAAGAUUUAUCCAUAAAGGUGAUCUUAACAAACACAUCCUCACCCACACUGGGGAGAGAAAGUUCCAGUGCCUGGAGUGUGGGAAAAGAUUUACUCUGAAAGGUCAUCUUGACACACACAUCCUCACCCACACUGGGGAGAAAAAGUUCCAGUGCCUGGAGUGUGGGAAAAGAUUUACUCUGAAAGGUCAUCUUGACACACACAUCCUCACCCACACUGGGGAGAAAAAGUUCCAGUGCCUGGAGUGUGGGAAAAGAUUUACCAGGAAGGGUUCCCUUGACAGACACAUCCUCACCCACACUGGAGAGAGAAAGUUCCAGUGCCUGGAGUGUGGGAAAAGAUUUACCAGGAAGGGUUCCCUUGACAGACACAUCCUCACCCACACUGGGAAGAGAAAGUUCCAGUGCCUGAAGUGUGGGAAAAGACUUACCCAUAAAGGCAGUCUUGACAGACACACCCUCACCCACACUGGGAGAUAGUAAAGUGGCCGUCUUCUACAACAAGGACAUUCCAGCAGGGAGACACACACACAAGGUGGGGGAACAAAACCUGAUAUUGUUAUCUGGAACAAAGAAGAGAAAACAGCCAAAAUGAUAGAUGUUGCAGUCCCCAGUGACUAAGGCCUCAGUAGAGCUGAAAGGAAAAAAAUUACAAAAUAUCAAGACCUAAGAAAUGACCCACGAACAACGUGGUCACUGACGGACGUCGGUAUAACACCAGUGGUGGUGGCGGCGACAGGGCUGAUGAAGAAAAACCCGGAGAGCUGCCCUGAGGCAAUCCCUGGUCCCCCAAGUGCCCACGAGGUACAAACAGCUGCGGUCAAGGGAACAGUUGCUGUCCUGAAGAGAGCCCUCAGAUACACUGCUAACACUGCUUAGGGUGUAACUUUAGACCCCAGGCUUGGGGCCCAUUGCACUCACCAAACAAUGAAACAAGAAAAUGCAGAAAACAGGGAGAGAAAGUUCCCAGGCCUGCAGUGUGGGAAAAGAUUUGCCCUGGCAAUACCAGUGGUGACUUGUGGGUGUCGUGUGGUGACUGGCCACAUUACUGCCACAAACCAGCUGGCAAUACCAGUGGUGACUUGUGGGUGUGGUGUGGUGACUGGCCACAACAUUACUGCCACAAACCAGCUGGCAAUACCAGUGGUGACUUGUGGGUGUGGUGUGGUGACUGGCCACAAAAUUACUGCCACAAACCAGCUGGCAAUACCAGUGGUGACUUGUGGGUGUGGUGUGGUGACUGGCCACAACAUUACUGCCACAAACCAGCUGGCAAUACCAGUGGUGACUUGUGGGUCUGGUGUGGUGACUGGCCAAAAGGUUUAUCCUGCAAUGUAAUGUUGACAAACAUCCUCACCCACACUGUGGUAAGGAAGUACAGGUGUGGUGUUUGUGGCAGUGUUUGUGUAGCAAGAGUGGUGUUGCCAGACACAUCCAAACACACCUGUGGGGGAUGAGGUGUUGUGGUUGUGGUGGUGGUGUGUGAGGGACUUGGAGUGACUAGUGUUUGUGUUUUGUUACUUUGUACUCAAGUGUUGGAAUAAACUUUUGUUGCUA